AUGCUUUUGGAGACGUUCUGUCUUAUAUGGCUCGAUGCUUGUACCAAUGUUAAAGUUAAUCAAGACGCAGAACAAAAACUACAAGAACGAUCAGAAAAUGAACGAGUAAUCAUCAUAGUUAAUGACGAAUUAGGACGAGUGAUAAUUCCUUCUAUUUUUAAACUUCGACAAGUUAUUUCCAUUUAUAUAUAUGACACGGAUAAAGAACGUAACAAAGAAUGGAUCGAAAAAUUUACCAAAAUAAAGGCUGUUACUGUUGAACUUGAUGAGCUCAUUAUUCGAAUCCAAACUGAUCAUAAAAUACAGAAAAUACUUCAAGAACCAUUGUGUAUUGACUUUUUUACUGUAGAUUCUAAUUUGAGUCAAUCAGCAGACAAUGUCAAUGGUCAAUUUCUUUUCUUUCAACUGCUUAUUGAGUGUCUUCUACAAAUUAAACCUACUAAUGUGGAUACGAAUGAACUUAUUAAAAUUUGUCAAAAUGAAUAUGAGGGUAAUGAGCUUGAGUUAAGCAAUCUUUGUGAUUUUAAAAGAAGCUAUUCUUCUGACAAAGCCUUAUGGUGGUACACAAGACAAUCAUUCUUUUACAAGGUUCUUAAUGCAAUUCUAUUUACUGAAAAUAUUCAUAUGAUAUUUUUAUUUCGAUCAUUUAUCUCUGAUAUUCAACAUGAAUUAAAGAAGUAUCAGACUCACCAUCCUGUACGAGUUUAUCGAGAACAGAUUAUAUCAAGUGAUGAACUAAACACUUUAAAGAAAUAUCUUGGUCAAUUUAUCUCCAUAAAUUCAUUUUUUUCCACUACUACUAAUUAUCAACAAGCUGUGUCAUUUCUCGAUGUUUUUAAUAAUUCCGAAAAUUUCGAACCAAUAUUGUUUGAAAUCUAUGCCGAUCCUGAUAUAGUCGUAGCAAAACCAUUUGGUGACAUCAGUGAAUAUCUUGGUGAAUCUCGAAUACUUUUUAUGCUUGGUUCUAUUUUUCAUUUGAACAGCAUCAAACGUAAUGAGAAUAAUCAAAUAUGGAUCAUUCAAAUGACAUUGUGUAGUGAAAAUGAACCUGAUUUAAAACAAAUUCUCAUGCAUACGAAACAGAAACUCAGUGAUAGAGAAACAAAUCUUCGAACAUUAGGAAAAAUAUUAUGGGAUACGGAAAAAUUUGACUUAGCUGAAAAAUACUUAACUGAGUUUUUGAGUCAACUUCCAUCAAAUGAUCCAUCACUUAGUAGCAUUUAUGAUGAUCUUUCCAAAGUUGCAUUACAAGCUGGUGAUUAUGAAAAGAGCGUUCGAUGGAGUAAAAAAGCUUUUGAAUUUCGAAAUUCAAACGCAUUGCUUCAUACACUCAAUAUCAAUGUUAGUGAUGAUGCUAUUUGUAAGUUCAUCAACAUCAAGGAUAUUAUUUAA